CUUGUGUGUUUUCUGACAGAAAAUCCAGCGACAGGAACGGAGUUGGCGAAACUUCUUCCCGGCUGCCGUGACCGUGGGGCCGGCGGAGUGACCCGGCGAACCCCGGGAGCUGAACCAUGGGCCUCCUGGCGAGGGCGCGGAAGGAGUGGUUCAUCAUCGGCAUCGUCCUGGUCAUCUUAUCGGCCAAACUGCAUCCGAGCGUCGGAGUCAGAGGAGGCCCGUUGAAGCCGGAGGUCACCGUCGCGUACGUCGCCGUGUCGCUCAUCUUCUUCAACAGCGGCCUGUCGCUAAAGACGGAGGAGCUGACCAGCGCGCUGCUUCACGUCCGCCUCCACCUGUUCGUCCAGUCCUUCACGCUGGUCUUCUUCCCGCUCGCCGUCUGGCUGCUGCUCCGGGUGCUGGCGCUGACGGCCAUCGACCGGUGGCUGCUCAGAGGGUUGCAGACUGUGAGUUGCAUGCCCCCUCCGGUCUCCUCCGCCGUCAUCCUCACCAAGGCUGUCGGAGGCAACGAGGCGGCCGCCAUCUUCAACUCUGCGUUCGGAAGCUUCUUGGGAAUCAUAGUGACUCCAGUUCUGCUGCUGCUGUUUCUCGGCUCUUCAUCCUCCGUUCCCUUCUCCUCCAUCUUCUCUCAGCUCUUCAUGACCGUGGUGGUGCCUCUGAUCGUGGGUCAGGUGUGUCGUCGUUUCCUCAGGGAGUUUCUGGAGCGGCGGAAGCUGCCGUUCGGCGCCAUCAGCAGCGCCGUCCUCCUCAUGAUCAUCUACACCACCUUCUGCGACACCUUCAGUAACCCCAACAUCGAGCUGGACCCCACCAGCCUGCUCCUGGUCGUACUCAUCAUUUUCUCCAUCCAGCUCAGCUUCAUGCUGCUGACGUUUGCCUUUUCCACCCGGUCGGGAUCGGGAUUCAGUCCUGCGGACACCGUCGCCAUCAUGUUCUGCUCCACGCACAAGUCUCUCACUCUGGGUAUCCCCAUGCUGAAGAUCGUGUUUGAAGGCUACGAACACCUGUCCCUGAUCUCGGUGCCUCUGUUGAUCUACCACCCGGCUCAGAUCCUCCUGGGCUCCGUCCUCGUGCCGACCAUCCAGGGCUGGAUGACCAGUCGGCAGAAGUCUAGUCUCUUGUUGAGAUAGGGCCACAUUCCAACACCUCUGUCUGCACCGAGCGGUGAAGCUGUCAAAUCUCCAGCCCGUCUGACGAGAGGAUCUAGUUAAAGCUUUCGAUGGAGACGAAGCCAUUUAUCUAUCUAUCUGUCUGUAUGUCUGUGGCGGAGGGAUACAGUAUUCAUACGUGCCUUAUUACAACCAAUCAACAAAGACCUCAGCACGGCGGACUGGAAGGAACUCUUCUUUCCAUCAAAUGUAGGUUUUAUAUUUAAAGAAGCUUUUAUUUUUAUAUGGAAAUACACUAAAGAUUUCCUACAAAACGAGGGGUGAAGUUACUGGGGACCAUCCUCUUUUUUUUUUUUUUUUUUUUUGUUACCAAAACCUUUUCUACUCUGUCUUUCCGCUAGCUGUCACUGCCCGUUUAUGUGUAGUAUAUGUUGGAUCACCUUAUCCUUGGUGUUACAUGAUCAUCUGUCGGGCCCAAGAUAGUGGACACCCUGUUUGUUGUAUCAUUGGUAACAAGGUCCUUUUUUUAGGGUUUUUUUUUUUUUUGUUACCAAAACUUUUUCUACUCUGCCUUUUCUGUCACUGCCAGAAAGUGGUGGACAUUUGUUACGUUUAUAUGUUGGAUUGUCUGAGGUUUAAUAUAGAUUUGUGACACUUUAUAAAAUAACGCUUAUGUUUGUUGACGAGAAGCAGUGGUGACACUUUUGAACAGUGGAGCUAACGAGUAAUCUUUCCAAACGAUGGAAGUACGACUUGAACUUUAAGGUAGGGAGUGUAACUUCACAAGCAUGAUAUUUUAUUUUCGCAUUAUUUGCAUAACAAAUUAACUUGAACCAAUGAGAAAACUCAUAAUUAUGGUCAGGACACCUGUUGAACUGUUACAAAGCACAGGAAAAAAAAAAAGUAUGAAAUUGGAAGGAUUUCAAAGAUCCACCAUCUAAAUAUAAACCUCUAUGCAGACAGAUACUCUAAUUACGUAAAUUAAGUGAGUAGUUUGUUGUUACCAUAUUUCUCCAGACAAAAGUCCAGUGUUAAGAUGUUGUCAGAACCAAUCAGAGCUGCGCUGCUAGUUUAUAUUGUGUUUUCUUUCAUCUUUGUAGGAACUUUCUUAAAAACACGGGCCAAAACUUUACUGUAAAUUAAGUUAAUUUCACGUCAGUUAAAAGCUAAAUCUGUGCUUUUGAAGGAAAUUUGAUUAAAAUGCCUAGAUAUAUAUUUGAAAGUAUUAUCAUGGCUGUUGUAGUUAAAUAACCUUGUUUUCCUAAAUUAUCCACACUGUAUUUAUCAUAUACAAAUAUUUGAGAACUAUAUGGAUUCAAGGACGUUGGCCUUAAACAAUGGUCUGUUUUUAACUGGGACCAAUAACGGUGCUGAAGUUUAUAAUCCGGUCAAAUAUUGAACUGUUACAAAGCAAAAAAAAAAUUUUUUAACUCUAAUAUUUUGGGGAAAAACACAACACAAUCUAAAUAUAAACCUCUACGCAGACGAUACUAGAUUCUACAGAAGUUGAGGUUUAAAGACCUUUGGAUGUUUUUGGAAAGACUUUAAUAAUUUAAUUUUUGUCACAACCAAUCAGACCCAAAGCUGUAGCACAUCACAACAACAUGAGACUGUUAACUGUACAACUUUCCCUUUGGGAACCACAAUGGUCAUCACCUGUGGAUGAUCUUUUUUUUUUUUUUUUUAAAGGGGUCAUGACUUCUCUUCCUGCGUUUCAUACCAAUUCUGAUUAACCCUGGACUUUCCAUUUAAAUGUCAGUCAACACCGUUGAGUGUCUGAGGGCUAGUGUUUAAGAGAUUCCAGUUGAUGAGCACCUCAAAUGUGUUACUGAAAGUGAUAUUUAGUGUUCAGGCUCUUGCCUUAGACAUUUUUCACACAAGUCCUGAAAGAAGAGGAAGAGAACUUAAUCAUACACAUGAAACAGAAAUAUUAUACUUGUGUUUUAAAGUAUCUGAAUAUCUAGAAGUUGUAGUCUACUCUAACUAAAUAUUUCUGGUAACUGCUGAUCAGUGUCUACAGUAACUUCAGUUCCAGGUUGUUGGUGGUUUCCUCUCAUCAGCUGAUGCUUCAGGUCGUUCCACAACAUUUCUACUGGAUUAAGGUCAGAACUUUGACUUGAACCACUUCAGUUAUGGGCUCAGUACAUUGAACAGAUGGACUCUAAUUUGGCCUUGAAUUGUGCUUGUAAUCCUAGAGGUACACCUCACAGAUACGUAAUAUUGACUUGUUUUUUUCAUGGAUAAUACUCAAUAUUUCUGUUUCAUGUGUUUGAUUUUUGUCUACCCUCACGGCUUGUGUGAAAAUCCUCUGAUGUUUUACAGGAAUGUAGCUCAUUAAGUUACAUAACCCUUCAGCCUAUUUUAAAUACCCUUUCUUUGCCACAACCUUGUGACUCGAAGUGACGUUUAGUGUUUAUCAUCUUUCAAGCUCAAGAUAGAAGAAACCCUGACCUUUCAAAGUUGUAUCUGUUGCAUCAUUGGUAAACGUUUUCAGUGCACAUAGAAAGCAAAAGCCUAUAUUUUCACCCGAGAGUGUGAUUUUAUACAUAGACAGAAAAUAAUACAUAUGGCAAAAAUAUAUAUCUUUGGUAGUAUGGUAUCAGUGGAGUUUACAGUCAAUCUGCCUGUUUACAGUGUGAUUGUUCCGCUUGUUCUAUAUGAUGGGAAGAAAGAUAGUGACUGGGAUAUGUGUGGGUCUGUUCUUGUGCUUUUUUUUUUAAUUAAACAAAUUGUAAGAAACCAA